AAGGCGGGAAGAACGAGAAAGGAUAAGGCGGGAAGAAGAGGAAUCAAGGGCAAGGCUGGAAGAAGAGCAAGAAAGGGCAAUACGCGAAGAGGCAAGGGCAAGGCGGGAAGAAGAAAGGGCAAUACUUGCAGAGGAAGAAAGACGAAGGCGGGAAGAACGAGAAAGGAUAAGGCGGGAAGAAGAGGAAUCAAGGGCAAGGCUGGAAGAAGAGCAAGAAAGGGCAAUACGCGAAGAGGCAAGGGCAAGGCGGGAAGAAGUAAGGGCAAGGGAGAUAGGGGAACUUGCCAACCAACCAUUGCCGGAUGGAUUCUACGAUUCGGUGUUUAAUGCGAGGUGGAGCCACGUCUUGGCGUUUCCCGAGGGCGAAGGGGACGCGAUGGUGGUGCGAAUGGAGGUGCGUGAGGGCGAACCACCAACACAGUUGUGGGACUACAGACGGAAGGGCAUAAGCUAUGAACCGGUGGAAGAUGCAGGGCAGUUUAUUGCACCGCGCCCCCGCCUGGUGAUACUCUCAUCCGCGAAGAGGUGGCCCUACUCGCUAAAGCAGGGAAGAGCUUUUGCCGACUGCUACAUUAACCGUGAGGUGGAGCGGGUGUGGCGGGUUGUCAAGGGCGAUCUAGAGGGAGAGUUUGGCACCGCAGAUUUAAAGGGCUUUGACGUGAGGCGGCGUCUCUUGAUUGGGACGCCGGGCAUCGGAAAAUCAAUGGCCGCCGGCUCUUACCUCCUGUACAGACUGCUUCACUACGACGCUAAGAAACUCCAAGUGGUGGUGUACUGCUUUGGGGGAGAUUUGGCGUUCGUGUUUUGA